AUGGCACCGGCAGCCGUCCCGAAUGUGGUGCAGCAGAUGCUCACGCGGGCGGCCGACCACAACAGCAUCCGCGGGCAAUUCGCUGACAAAUCCGCCCAGCCCUUCAGCAAGCAGGGUCGCGACGCUAUGAAGACGGUGCGGAAGCGCAACGAGGACAUCAUGGACUUCGCCAACGGUACCGGCACGACCAUGCGCGAGCACACCGUCAUUCCCAACGUCCUCACCGGCACGACCCGGACGAAUGAGCUCCACAAGACGGUGCUCAACCUUCAGGACGAGCUCUGGGACUAUCUGCAGAACCACGACGACCGCAAGGGCUCGCUGCGGCAGGCGGUGAAGAAGUCGGGCACUUCCUGGGACACGACGACGAUCAACACGGCCAAGCCCUAUUACAACGACCUCUCCAACUUCCUCAUCAAGUUUUUCCAGAACAAGGAGAAGAGGGAGGCGGCGGCCGCGAGGCGCCUGGCCGACGCUAGCACGACGCCGGCCGCACCACCACGCGCUCGCACGAAGGGCAAGAAGGCGGCCCCCGAGACCAUCCUCGACUUCAAUCCUCAGUACCAGCAUCCCUCCGAGUACUUGCCGCACGGCUCGGACGACGUUGACGAGGACGAGGGCGCGACUCCCAACAAGCGCAGCCCCUUUCCUGCGAUGCACUUUGGGGGCGGCGGAGAGAGCGACGACGGGACUCCCAGGAAGCGUGGCGCCGCUGCUGCAGACCUUGCGGACGGCUCCGACGACGCUGGCAAUAGCGCGAAGAAGAUCAAGACAGAGACCGAAGUGGGCGGCGACGACGACGCUAUCCCGCCGAUGGCGAGUUUCAAGGAAUCGGGCGCCGAGCUGGCGAUGCGCGUAUACAAGCUCUGCCAGAACGAUCCUGUGGCAAAGGCGGACUUUCACCGGGAGAUGACACGUCUCUGCGACACCUACGACCUUCACGACUUUCCUAAGACCAUGUGCUACACUCCCAGCCAGCGGGCCACCAUUAAUAAGGCGGUCCGGCACGUUCAAAAGCAGAUGCAGAAUGCCUCGGCGUCUGCCACCUCGACGAUGGCAUUCCAGACUCCAGCAGUGGUCCCAGCUGACAAUGCUGCCGGGGCCGACGCUGGCGCGACGUUGGCGGCUGACCAGAAAGCAGCCAUCGCCGCUAGGAAUGCGGCCGCCGCCAAAGACUACCAAGAGCGCCAGGCCAAGGAGGCCGCGGAGAUGAAAUCCUCCACUCAGCACGCCGGUGCUACGACGAUGGACCAGCUCUUGAAGGCUACUCCUCGUAGGUCUCAGGCGGACGACAAGACCGAGACCAACGCUACCACGACGGCGGAAGGGUCAGGCGAGGACAAGUCCAAGACCUCUCAGAACGCCGGCGACCCUCAGGCGACUGUCACUUCCCCCCAGCAUGACACGCCCACGACUCCCGCGAUGGGCUCUCCUGAGAAGAACGCCGCUGGGCCGACGGUGAAGACUACUCAAGUUGGCGAGGACAAGACAGCCGAGAAUAAGGCUGGGGAAGAGGACAACGCUGGCGCGACGGCGCAGACUGCUCAAGACGGCAAGGACAUGACAGCCGAGAAUAAGGCUGGGGAGAAGGACAACGCUGGCGCGACGGUGAAGGAUGCUCAUGAUGGCAAGGACAUGACAGCCGAGACCCAGGUCAAGGAGCAGGGCGAAUCUGGCGCGACUGUCCAGACUCCCCAGGGUGGCAAGGAGACGACAGCUGAGAGCAAGGAGGGGAACUUGGGCAACGCCGACACGACGGUAGAGACUCCUCAGGUUCGCAAGGAUCCGACAGCUGAGAGCAAGGAGGGGGACUUGGGCAACGCCGACACGACGGUGACCAGCCAGCCGGAGCAUACUUCCUCUACGGCACAGGAGGCUACUGGCGGCUAUACCACUCCGUCCGAGCAUAGCGAGAAUGGUGAAGCCCCUAUGAUGAUUGAUUAA